AUGCCUGGUGGAUACAAAGGAGAGUGCGGGGACGAUGUGGACCCCAUGCCGUUCCUGGCGCCCACCGAGAAAGAGAAGAUCGAGGCUCUCAGCAAGCCGUACGAUAUCAAGAAAUCGUGUUGGGUCAAGGACGACAAGGAAGGCUUCGUCGCUGGAGAGAUCCAGUCCGAGACCGAUAACCAAGUCACUGUGAAGACAGUGACCAAUCAGACCGUCACCAUGAAGAAGGACGACGUCAUGCAGAUGAACCCGCCCAAGUUCUACCAGAUCAGCGACAUGGCCAACAUGACCUUCCUGAACGAAGCCAGCGUCUUGGACAACCUGCGGCAGCGUUACAUCGUCAUGAGGAUCUAUACCUACUCCGGCCUGUUCUGUGUCACCAUCAACCCGUACAAGUGGCUGCCCAUCUACGGCUCCCGCGUGGCUCAGAUGUACAAGGGCAGGAAGCGCACAGAGGUGCCCCCCCACCUGUUCUCCAUCUCUGACAACGCCUACCACGACAUGCUCAUGGAACGCGAGAACCAGUCUAUGCUGAUCACCGGAGAAUCCGGGGCCGGCAAGACUGAGAACACGAAGAAAGUCAUCCAGUAUUUUGCCAACAUCGGCAGCACAGGCAAAGCCCCUGCUGACGGGAAGGGGUCCCUGGAGGAUCAAAUCAUCCAGGCCAACCCAGUCCUGGAAGCCUUCGGGAAUGCCAAAACGACCAGGAACAACAAUUCCUCUCGCUUUGGUAAAUUCAUCCGAAUUCACUUUGGCAGCACAGGAAAACUGGCCGGGGCUGACAUUGAGAGCUAUCUCUUAGAGAAGUCACGUGUCAUCUCCCAGCAGCCUGCCGAGCGAGGGUAUCACAUCUUCUACCAGAUUCUUUCAAACAAGAAGCCUGAACUUACUGAGUCCUUGCUUCUCGUGCCCGACCCCAAGGAAUACCACUGGACGAGCCAGGGAGUGACUGUGGUCGAGAACAUGGACGACGGGGAAGAGCUGCUUCUCACGGACGUGGCCUUUGAUGUCCUGGGCUUCACUCCGGAAGAGAAAGUAGGCGUUUACAAGCUAACCGGCGGCAUCAUGCACUUUGGCAACAUGAAGUUCAAGCAGAAGCCGAGAGAGGAGCAAGCGGAAGUGGACACCACCGAGGUGGCCGACAAAGUCGCCCACCUGAUGGGCCUCAACUCCGGGGACCUCCAGAAGGGCAUCACCCGCCCCCGCGUGAAAGUGGGCAAUGAAUUUGUCCAGAAGGGUCAGAACAUGGACCAGUGCAACAACUCGGUCGGCGCCCUGGGCAAAGCCGUCUACGACAAGAUGUUCAAGUGGAUGGUGGUCCGGAUCAACAAGACCUUGGACACCAAGAUGCAGAGGCAGUUCUUCAUCGGGGUGCUGGAUAUUGCCGGCUUUGAGAUCUUUGAGUUCAACAGCUUUGAGCAGCUCUGCAUCAACUUCACCAACGAGAAGCUGCAGCAGUUCUUCAACCACCACAUGUUCGUGCUGGAGCAGGAGGAGUACAAGAGGGAAGGCAUCGACUGGGUGUUCAUCGACUUCGGCCUGGACCUGCAGGCUUGCAUUGAGCUCCUGGAAAAGCCCAUGGGCAUCUUCUCCAUCCUUGAAGAGCAGUGUGUGUUUCCCAAGGCGACUGAAGCUACCUUCAAGGCUGCCCUUUACGACAACCAUCUGGGCAAAUCCCCCAACUUCCAGAAGCCCAAAGGCGGGAAGGGGAAAGGGCCUGAAGCUCACUUUGAGCUGGUCCACUAUGCCGGCACGGUGGGCUACAACAUCUCCGGGUGGCUGGAGAAGAACAAGGACCCCCUGAACGAAACGGUGGUGGGCUUGUUCCAGAAGUCCAGCAUGGCUCUUCUCUGCAUUCUGUUCAAAGAGGAAGAGGCUGCAGCCGGAACCAAGAAGCAGAAAAGAGGAUCUUCCUUCAUGACCGUCUCCAACUUCUAUAGGGAGCAGCUGAACAAGCUGAUGACCACCUUGCACAGCACAGCCCCGCAUUUCGUGCGCUGCAUCGUUCCCAAUGAGUUCAAGCAGUCCGGAGUGGUUGAUGCUCACCUGAUCUUGCACCAGCUGGCAUGUAACGGUGUACUUGAAGGCAUCCGUAUUUGCCGGAAGGGCUUCCCCAACAGACUGCAGUACCCGGAGUUCAAGCAGAGGUACCAGAUCCUGAACCCCAAUGUCAUCCCUCCUGGCUUCGUGGACAACAAGAAGGCCUCAGAACUUCUGCUGGGAUCUGUCGAGCUGGGAGAGAACGAAUAUAAAAUCGGACACACUAAGGUGUUCUUCCGUGCCGGCGUCUUAGCCAAGCUGGAAGACAUGCGAGACGAUCGGCUGGCAAGGAUCAUGACCAUGUUGCAGUGCCGCGGGCGGGGUUUCCUGAUGAGGAUCGAGUUCAAAAAGAUGCUGGAAAGAAGGGUGGGCCUGAUAGCAAUCCAGAGGAACGUCCGCAAAUUCUUGCAGCUGCGGUUCUGGGGAUGGUGGAAACUGUACAACAAG